UGAUAAAUUUCAGGAAUGGCAGCACUUCAAGUUACCUUGACAACAGUAUGUUGCAAGAAUGACAAAGAUUAUGCCCAGUACGUGCUUCCUAGGACUUCAUUUUUGCCUAGAUUUGACAUGCUGGGGAAUUCAGUCGGUGCUUACAGUAAAGAGUUUCAUCCUAGCGCCUUGAAUUCAGGUGUUCAGGCCACUUUGACCUUUGAUCCACCAACCUCAAAUACUAAUAAAACUAAACAAACGAAGCAUACAGUUGACCCUUCUUCCCCCGACUUUCUUCCUCUUCCAUCAUUUGAACAAUGCUUUCCAAAGAGCACAAAAGAAUACAGGGAAGCUGUUCAUGAGGAAUCAGGCCAUGUGCUCAAGGUUCCCUUUCGCCGUAUUCAUCUAUCUGGGGAUGAACCCCAUUUCGACACUUAUGAUACCAGUGGCCCCCAGAAUAUUAGUCCACAAAUUGGACUACCUAAACUGCGAAAGGAUUGGGUUGACAGGAGAGAAAAGUUGGGGCUACCGCGAUACACCCAGAAGCUUUAUGCUAAGCAGGGAAUGAUAACUGAAGAGAUGCUGUUCUGUGCUGCUCGUGAGAACCUUGAUCCUGAAUUCGUGAAGUCAGAGGUUGCUCGUGGACGUGCAAUUAUCCCUUCCAACAAGAAGCAUUUAGAGCUGGAGCAUAUGAUAGUUGGAAGAAAUUUUCUGGUUAAAGCUAAUGCAAAUAUUGGAAAUUCUGCUGUUGUUAGUUCAAUUGAAGAGGAAGUUCACAAACUUCAAUGGGCAACUAUGUGGGGCGCAGACACUAUCAUGGAUUUGUUUACAGGUCGACAUAUUCAUGAAACCCGUGAGUGGAUCCUACGUAACUCUGCUGUACCAGUUGGUACAGUUCCUAUUUAUCUUGAAAAGGUGAAUGGUAUUGCCAAGGAUCUCACCUGGGAGAUUUUUAAGGAUACCUUGAUUGAACAAGCAGAGCAAGGUGUGGAUUACUUCACUAUACAUGCUGGAGUUCUCCUAAGAUACAUCCCUCUAACAGCCAAGCACAUGACUGGCAUUGUAUCUCGUGGAGGAUCCAUACAUGCAAAGUGGUGUUUAUCCUACCAUAAGGAGAAUUUUGCUUUUGAGCACUGGGAUGAUAUUCUUGAUAUCUGCAACCAAUAUGAUAUAGCACUAUCAAUAGGCGAUGGCCUCAGGCCUGGGUUAAUCUAUGACGCCAAUGACGCUGCUCAGUUUGCCGAGCUCUUAACUCAAGGAGAACUUACACAACGAGCCUGGAAUAAAGAUGUGCAGGUGAUGAAUGAAGGGCCAGGACACAUUCCAAUGCACAAGAUUCCUGAAAAUAUGCAGAAGCAGCUGGAGUGGUGUCAGGAGGGGCCAUUUUACACACUAGGUCCAUUAACAACUGAUAUUGCCCCUGGUUAUGAUCACAUAACCUCUGCUAUUGGUGCUGCCAAUAUUGGAUCCCUUGGCACUGCACUUUUAUGCUAUGUGACUCCCAAAGAACAUCUUGGUUUGCCAAAUAGGGAUGACGUGAAAGCAGGGGUUAUAGCGUACAAAAUAGCUGCUCAUGCUGCUGAUCUAGCUAAAUGCCAUCCGUUUGCCCAAGCAAGGGAUGAUGCGUUGAGCAAAGCAAGAUUUGAGUUCCGAUGGAUGGACCAGUUUGCCCUUUCACUUGACCCAAUGACCGCCAUGUCUUUCCAUGAUGAAACCUUGCCAUCAGAGGGUGCUAAGGUAGCAAAUUUUUGCUCGAUGUGUGGACCCAAAUUCUGCUCGAUGAAGAUUACUGAGGACGUACGCAAGUAUGCUGAGGAGUAUGGUUAUGGUAACGCUGAAGAAGCUGUACAACAAGGGAUGGAGGCUUUGAGCGCUCAGUUUCUGGCUGCAAAGAAAACAAUCAGUGGAGAACAACAGGGAGAAGCUGGGUGGGAUUUGAUUCUCAGAAUGCCCUUUUUAAGUGCCUUCGGACUCAAAAAAAAAUAUAAUACUGCAAGUCUGCGAGGAUUUAUAAUCACAAAAAAAAUCACUAAAUGGUGGUUCAUCAUAUUCAUUCAUGCGACUUUCACUUUCAAGUAUGGAUUUUGCAUUUCAUUAAAAUAUUGUGGAAUUAUUUGUUCAGCUACUUUUUUUCAACUGCCCGAGGAUCAAUGCAUGAUGCAGGAUUUAUUUAAAAAGGUUGGGAAAAAUGUGAAUGAAAAAUUGCAAUGUGCAAGUACUGCACAUUACAGCUAUGGUGUCCGCAAAGCUGCAUCAGCUAACAAAAAGAUGAAUAAAACAAGAAACCAGUACCUGAUCAGCAAGGCAUCACCAUUUCUCAAAUAG